AAUCGACGAUCAUUCCCUACAAGAAGGGCUGCGAGGUACAGCGCCGCACAACGCUACUCUAGCAAUUGAAAGGCACGGUCUCGUACAGUUCGCAUGGUCUAUAUAUCUAAGUGAAAUACAAGAGGCCACCAUGGCCGCUCCACCGCGCAGCCAGCUUACGUCGCCACGUUCGACAUGGCUCUCGCUGUUCGUUAUCGUCACAGUUCUCACGACCGCGGCUUCUCUCUCACUGACGAAAAUAAUCGACACAAGAGCUUCGUGCACAGAGAGGCACUUCAAGUGCGUCGCUGAGGGCAACUGCGUACCGAGAUCAUGGCAAUGUGACGGAGUGAGCGACUGCAAUGAUGGCUCCGAUGAGCAGGCAUGCGACCCAAACAGGACCUGUCUCGAAACAGAAUUCAAGUGCGGAGAAGGCGGUCGCUGCAUCCCGGCAAACUGGCGCUGUGACGGUGACCGCGACUGCGCCGACGGGUCUGACGAAGCCAGUGGGACGUGCGGAGAUACUCCGCCUUGCAAAACGGGCGAAUUCCCCUGCAAUACUACAAGCAAUGGAUCACUGACGUGCCUGUCAACGGCACGGCGGUGCGAUGGACAACGUGACUGCGAACACGGUACAGAUGAGAGGGGUUGCACGGCGUUGAAAUCCUGCAGCGAAGAACAGUUCCAGUGUAAGAACAGCGGACAAUGCCUCCCAGUAAGGUGGACGUGCGACGGCUCUCAGGAGUGCGAGGAUGGGUCCGACGAAGACGUCGAAAUGUGCAGAAACGUCAAGAGCUGCCAUCCCAACAACUUUGUUUGCUCGGGAGUCACAGGUGGUGUCAUAUGUGUGCCAAUGGAGCGGCGUUGCGACGGAAAACGCGACUGCGCCGACGGCACGGACGAAGGGAACUGCAUGACGCCAAGCCCGUGCACGGAAGGACAGUUCGCGUGCAAGGACGGUCAAUCGUGCAUUCCUGUGAUCUGGAUGUGUAACGGUGACCGAGACUGUUGGGACGGCUCAGACGAAGAUGUCAACGUCUGCAACGAGCAUACAAGGUGCCCUGAGGACCGGUUCGUGUGUAAUUCGGCGCAAAGAGGUUACAGAUGUCUUCCUGCGGCGUGGCGUUGCAACGGAUACCAUGACUGCAGAGACGAUUCCGACGAGGCCAAUUGCACUUCCAAGAUUUGCAAAGAGAAUGAAUUCGAGUGUGAGGAAAGCGGAGAAUGCAUACCUGCGAGUCAGCGUUGUGACGGUGAAAACAACUGUGAAGACUCCUCGGAUGAGCGCAACUGCACUGCCGAGAAAAUGUGCCCCGAAGGACAGAUUUCUUGCAAAACGAAGAGCCGCUGUAUAAUGGCAAAAUGGCUGUGUGACGGGGACUCCGAUUGCCCUGACGGCUCGGACGAAGUUAACUGCACAUCCAUACGAACGUGUGCCGAAAACCAGUUUGCCUGCAAGGAUAACGCUGACUGCCUACCAGAGAAUUGGAGAUGCGACGGUGACCCUGACUGUUCUGAUGGCUCUGAUGAAGCGAACUGUACAUCCAUACACAUUUGUUCACUCGCAGAAUUUGCGUGCAAAGACAAUGGUGCCUGCAUUUCGGCAAAGUGGCAAUGUGAUGGUGACCCUGACUGUGCGGAUGGCUCGGAUGAAGUAAACUGUACAUUUAGGCACACUUGUUCAGACACAGAAUUUGCCUGCACGAGCAGUGGCCACUGCAUUUCGGAAACCUGGCGAUGUGAUGGUGACCGUGAUUGUUCCGAUGGCUCCGAUGAAGUAAACUGUACAUCUGGGCAUACAUGUUCAGGCACACAAUUUGCCUGCAAGAACAGUGGCCACUGCAUUUCGGAAACCUGGCGAUGCGAUGGUGACCGCGAUUGUUCCGAUGGCUCCGAUGAAGUAAACUGUACAUCUGGGCACACAUGUUCAGACACACAAUUUGCCUGUAAGAGCAGUGGCCAUUGCAUUCGAAAGACCUGGCAGUGUGAUGGCGACCCGGACUGUGCGGAUGGCUCCGAUGAAUGCGUCGGAGACCGAAACCUGGUGCGAAGGACGCGGCUCUGCGACGGCAUUUGGGACUGCAGGGACGGUUCGUGCGAGACGGACUGCCACUCGAACAGAACCUGUCUAGAGAGUGAAUUCCGCUGCGAACGAGACGGGAGACGCAUUCCGGUCGCCUGGCGCUGCGACGGGUUUCGGGACUGCGCGGACGGAUCGGACGAAUCCGACGAGAUGUGCCACGAAGAAGACCCGGACAAGUUCGCGAUACUCCAGGUGAUUGACGCGUGUCCGCCAGGGCAGUUCUCUUGCCGAACAACUAUCGAGGGCCCGGAGGCGUGUCUGCAGAUGACAUUCAAGUGUGACGGUCAGACGCAAUGCAUCGAUGGCUACGACGAGGCAGACUGCGAAAAGAGCAUCUGCGAAGACGAUGAGAUUCGCUGUCGGGGUAAUGACGGGCGCUGCGUUUUCAAGCGGUACAUAUGCGACGGCAAGCGUGACUGCCGAGACGGAUGGGAUGAGAGUGAGACGUUAUGCUUCCUGUACAAGCACUGCCCUCGCGGCCAGCUGCCCUGCUCCUCGCAGAACGACAGCAUUAUCUGCGUCGACGAAGCGCUAAGGUGCGAGGAACCCGCGCAGUGCAAGAACGGAAGCAGGGAUAGCCGCCUCUGCGACGAUCUCGCGUCCCAGUGGCUGGGAAGCUUCUUCCACUGCGCUAACGCCAACCUUCGCCUGCCUCCAUUUUCACGGUAG